UGAAGUCAAGUAGACCAGCCGGGUGAGGCCUAUUGCAGUGUUUUUCUUGUUAUUCACGCACUGUUUUUUGGUGAUUUUCUCAAGGAAAUUCCACAAUGUCCCUGGCCCCUUUUCAUCCAGCCAGUGGGAUUGGCAAAUUCUACGAGAGAUCAGCCAAAAUCAUCAGGUUCGUGCGAUAUGGAUGUGCAAAUCGGCCUUUCUUUCACAUUGUGGUUAUGGAGCGUCGGAAGAAUCAGCAUCAACCUCCAAUUGAGCAGGUAGGCACGUACGAUCCAAUGCCUAAUCAGUACAACCAGCAACUUGUCUCCCUGAACGUCGAACGGAUAAGGCAUUGGAUUGGGAGUGGAGCUCACUUGUCCAGGCCAGUUGCUGAGCUUCUAGGCAUCUCAGGACUUAUCCCCAUUCACCCAAGAACCUAUAUAACUGCCUGGAGGAAUCGCAAAGAAUUAGCAAAAGCGAAAGAGGAAGCCCAAUCAGCAGAAACAUCUCCUAAAGAGUGAUCCUUAUCCGGACAACCAUUUUUAGUCCAAGUAAGAGUUAAAUAAAAGUCUAAACAGAA